AUGGCUGAACGAAAGGUUCUUUCGAAGUACUACCCCCCCGACUUCGACCCUUCGAAGGUCGUGAAGGGUGGCGGCUCGAAGAUUAAAAAUGACAAGCUUCCAACUGUUCGCCUCAUGGCGCCCUUCACUAUGCAAUGCCUGCAGUGCGCCGAGUUCAUCCCCAAGGGACUGAAGUUCAACGCGCGCAAGGAGAAGCUCGAGGAAACCUACUUCGGCGUUGCGAUGGUUCGGUUGUACAUUAAGUGCUCCGGAUGCAAGCAUGAGAUCACUUUCAGAACCGAUCCUAAGAGCAAUGAUUACAAGACCGAGCGUGGUGCUAAGCGCAUCACUGACGGAUGGCGCGACACCAACGAUCCUCGUUUCAAAGAUGAGACUGAGCAGGAGACCCUUGAUCGCCUUGAAGCUGAAGCCGGCGAGGACCACGUACAGGAGGAUAAGAUGGCCGAACUCGAGGAUAAAAUGCAGGAUAGCAAGCGCGAGAUGCAGGUCGCUGACGCUCUCGACGAAAUCCGAUCCCGCAACGCCCGCAUCGAGCGCAACGAAGCCGCCGAUAAGAAGGUCGUCGCCCAGAAGGAGGAGGAGCGCCCCUUCAUCGAGCUCAAGAAUGGCCUCGGCAAAUAUUACUUCAACAGCAAGGAGGAAAUGGAACGGACUCUUGCCGAGGAUAAGCUGACGGCCUGGAGGGCGUUCCACGAUGAGAAAGGAAACCGGAUAAAACGUGACCACGACGGCAAAAUCAUCAAGCGCUGGACCCCAGAGGAGGAAGCCCAAGGACUUCACCUUCUUCCAUCCAAGUCUGAACAGAAGGCCAAGCCCGUCCCUGGACUCGAAGAUGAAAUCAUCGACGACAACUACGUGCCGGACACCCGAACCGAUGAUCAGAUUCUGGCGGAUAUCAUGGGCCAGGCUUCCGAUUCUGAGGAUUCCACGGCCCAGCGCAUGCGGGCGAUGAAGAAGAAGGUCGCCGCCAAGAAGUCUGGGCAGGCUGCCAAACGCCAGAAGCGCUAA